AACUGAGUUGCACUUGGAGCUGUUGUAGUCGCUUACCUAUCGCUAAAUACUUAAGGAAAUGGCAGAAGCGAUGGCAAGUAACCAGGACAUUUUCAUGUGUCCAGUUUGUUUAGAUCUUCUGAAGCACCCUGUGACUCUCAACUGUGGACACAAUUUCUGUUUGGAUUGUAUUGAGGCUUGUUGGGAUAAGGAAGACGAGAAGGGCGUUUACAGCUGUCCUCAGUGCAGAGAGACUUUCACCCCGAGACCUGUUUUAAAGAAGAAUCAUGUUUUCUCUGAGCUUGUGGAUCAAAUGAGGAAGAGCAGAAUACAAACUGCAACUCCUGUUGAAUGUGCUGCUGGACCUGGAGAUGUGGUCUGCGACGUCUGUAAAGGGAGAAAACUCAAAGCUGUCAAGUCCUGUCUGGAGUGUUUGGUAUCUUACUGUGACACUCAUUUGAAAGUUCAUGAUGAAGUUAAUCCAGGUAGAAAUCACACCAUGAUCGAUGCCACGGGCCAGCUACAGGAGAGGUUCUGUCCCAAACACAAAAAGGCUUUGGAAAUAUUCUGCCGCACCGACCAGAGUUGCAUCUGCUAUCUGUGUAUGAUGGACGAUCAUAAAGGCCAUGACACGAUCACGGCUAGGGCAGAGUGGUGUCAUAAAAAGGAGGGGUUGGGGCAGAGCCAGAGGAGAUGCCAGCAGAUAAUCCAGUUGAAGGAGAAGGAGCUGCAGGAGCUGAGGAAGGCUGUGGAGACUCUCAAGUCUGGUGCACAGACAGCAGUGAAGGAGAGUGAGAGGAUGUUUACUGAGAUGAUCCGCUCCAUUGAGAGAAGGUGCUCUGAGGUGACAGAGCUGAUCAGAGCUCAGGAGAAGGCUGAGGUGAGUCGAGCUGAAGGACUUCUGAAGCGACUGGAGCAGGAGAUUGCUGAACUGAAGAGGACAGAUGCUGAGAUGAAGCAGCUUUCACUGACACAAGAUCCCAUUCAUUAUCUCAAGAACAUUGUGUCCAUCACUGGGAGGCCUUACAGCACAAUUUCCACCAGUGUGACCUUCAGCCAAAGCUUCUCCUUGGAGCCCCUGAAGGAAUCUGUGUCUGCAUUGAAGAUGCAACUGGAGGAGAAAUUAGAUUCCGUCUUCAACCAGGAAAUAGUCAAGAUAUCUGCAGCAGCUAUGAUAAAUGUCCAGAUCAUCCAGAGCAUACAGUUGUUCUAUGGCCAGGCUUUUAUUGCUGAACCAGUGAUGAGAGAGGAUUUCUUGCAGCAUUCCUGUCACUUCACUCUGGAUCCAAACACAGCACACAUAGACCUCCAUCUGUCUGAGGGGAACAGAAGGGUGGAGUAUAGAUCUGGGGCCCAGUCAUAUCCUGAUCAUCCAGACAGAUUUGAUGGGUGGUGUCAGGUGCUGUGUAGAGAGGGUGUGUCUGCACGCUGCUACUGGGAGGUGGAGUGGAGUGGACAGUGGGUUGGUAUAGCAGUGUCAUAUAAAAGCAUCAGCAGGAAAGGAGGGGGUAAGGAGUGUGGAUUUGGAUAUAAUGAUCAGUCCUGGAGUCUGCUCCUCUACCCCUCCAGCUCCUUUUUCUUGCACAAUAAUGAACAGACUGAACUCCCUCUAGUGGCCAGCUCCAGAAUAGGAGUGUAUGUGGAUCACAGGGCAGGAACUCUGGCCUUCUACAGCAUCUCUGGAGACACAAUGACCCUCCUGCACAGAGUCAACACCACAUUCACACACACACUCUACACUGGUUUUAGGUUAUAUAAGGGAACAUCAGUGAAGCUGUUGUGA